UUGUGUGAUGUGCAAGCUGCAGCGCUAAGCAAACUGUCGGCUGGCGACAAGCUGGGGCCCGAGGCGCUCGACGCCUCCGCACACGCACUGCAACUGCAGACGAUGACCUCUACAAUGGGAAUAAUGACACUCAGCCGCGGCCCGUGUGACCUCGACAACAUGAGUCUGUUCCAAGACCUCAAACUAAAGAGGCGGAAAGUUGACUCCCGAUGUAGUAGCGAUGGCGAGUCGGCAGCCGACACCAGUACGUCGUCGCCGGACCCCGGCCCGCCGUCCCCGCGCAUGGCCGAGGCGGGCUGCAGCACGCCGCCGCAUCCGCCGCCAGUGUUCGACGGCGGCGGCUCGCCUUCUCCUUCUCCUUCGUGCCACCCCACCGUCAUCCGCUCUGCACCGCCUUACUCAGUGAUCAAGUUUGAAGGAGCGCCCUCCGUCGUCAAGUCAGAAAGCUCUCUGGUCGGCAAACAUGAAUCUAUGACUUCUUCUCAAUUCUCCUCCGUCAAGCUAGAGAAGCCCGAGGGUACUCAGGCCGAAUCUCCGCAGCCUUAUAGGCCCCGCCCUAUCGCGCCAUCUCCGCAGGGUACACAUCCAUCGCUAUCACCGGGACAUUGGCCAGCUGCCGCUUGUAUCAACGGCGUGAAGCCAGAACUAAUAGGUGGACACUUUCCACCGCAACCCUUGGAGCCGAAAGCAGGAUCUCGAGGUUCUACGCAAUGGCGAGGUGCACCGGCGGUCAUUAUGGGAGAAUCGGGUGGUGUGAGAACAAUGUUUUGGACUUUACCAGCCCCAACUACGAGUUCAGAGCCGUCUGCUAGUGCUUCGCAUACACCAACUCCACCAACGCCUGAUCCAGGUACAUGCAGUGAGGAAUCAGCUGCUCGAAUGUUGCUGAAUCUUGGUGGUGAACUGAGGAGGCCGCGAGUGACUUCACUAAACAUGGAGUUGUUGUGGGCGGGAGAUGUCUCCCAGUUACCAGCGCACCAACAAAUGCACGCCUUAAAUUUAAGCGCUGCAGCGGGAAGUGUCGCUGGGGUAGCUGGUGUUCCCAGUGCGAGUCCCUUGGCUGCUCGACCUGAACUACGGACGUAUGCUGCUGAGACUGAACGUGACGAGGACGAGCAACCUAUGAUUUGUAUGAUCUGCGAAGACAAAGCAACGGGAUUGCAUUAUGGCAUUAUAACAUGUGAAGGUUGUAAAGGGUUUUUUAAAAGGACUGUGCAAAAUCGACGAGUUUACACUUGUGUCGCUGAUGGUGGCUGUGAAAUUACAAAAGCGCAACGGAAUAGAUGCCAGUAUUGCCGUUUCAAAAAGUGUAUAGAGCAAGGAAUGGUUUUACAGGCCGUACGCGAAGAUAGAAUGCCGGGUGGACGAAAUAGUGGUGCCGUAUACAAUUUGUAUAAAGUAAAAUAUAAGAAACACAAGAAGGCGAGUACGAAAGCGGCGACUGCAACCAGUCGGGCGUCUCCACCUGAGAAACCAAAAGACCCUUUACCACCUCUCCCACCGCACCUUGCGAACGGGACCAUUUUAAAGACUGCCUUAACAAACCCUAGCGAGGUUGUACACCUGAGAGCAAGACUGGAAAGUGCAGUGUCUUCAUCGAGAGAUCGAGCCGUUCCUUUAGAAAGGGCGUUACAUAUGAUUGGAGCGCUAAUAGACUGUGAUGCUAUGGAAGACAUUGCCACCGUUCGUCACCUACCUGAUCUCCUUCAUGACACCUCUGAAAUAGGUGACAAGCUUUGUAAAAUUGGUGAUUCCAUUGUACAUAAGAUGGUUGCGUGGACGAAGAAGUUACCGUUUAUAAUGGAAAUACCCAUGGAAAUCCAUUCGAAGCUUUUGAUGGAAAAAUGGCACGAGAUCUCAGUCUUAACGACAGCAGCUUACCAGGCGAUGCACGGAAAGCUUGCACAUGCACCACCUUCCUCGGAUCAUGAACAAGAUUUCAUGCAAGAGGUAAACGCGAACCUUAGAACGCUACAGAACUGCUUAACGUCACUAAUGGGCAGGCCCAUAACGUUAGAACAACUCCGGCUGGACGUGGGGCUUGUAGUGGAGAAGAUGACGCAGAUAACCUGCGUGUUCCGCCGCAUCCAGCUCCGAAUGGAGGAGUACGUUUGUCUGAAGGUCUACAUUCUACUUAAUCAGGAAGUGGAGUUAGAGAGUAUCCAAGAUAGGUACGUGCAAGUUCUGCGCAGCUAUUUGGAACACGCUGCACCCCACCACCCCGGUAGACUGCAAGAGCUUUUCGCGAGAAUACCUGAGAUUCAAGCGGCGGCGAACCUGUUACUAGAGAGUAAAAUGUUCUACGUACCUUUCGUGCUGAACUCGGCGGAGAUCAGAUAGUAUAUGGCGCAGCAGGGCGUCUAGUUCUCGAUGUACGAGCGCCAGACCCCCCGCCCGCGCCCCGCACCGCGCCCGCGCCCUCUCACCGCCCUCGUCAUAGUGACCACACCGCCCUGUGUUCAUCGCCGCCCCAGCACUGCGCCCCCCGGGCAUCGACAAUAAACAAUUGGAGAAAAUGAGGCACCGAGUGGCGUACGAGUACCACCGACAUCUCCAGCCGCAGAGACGGCCGCGCGCGCUUGAGCGAUCGCGACAGUGCGUGGACUCAUGUUUGGAUGUUUGUGAAAAACUUCUUUUGCAAUGAGUGAUAAGCUGAGUGCGAGGAUAGUGCGGUAAAUUAUACCCUUGUUGAAUCGAUGUGUGUAUUGGCUUAUAAUUGUUUAUUAGAGGAAAUAAAACGUCCCAAUUGACAGACUGAUUUAUAAUUAAACUACUUAGCUAUUAUUUAAUUAGUACCAGGGACUUGGAUGCGUGUUUUAUACGUGGUAGUGUACACUACUUAGUUUUAUAAUAGAGUAAAAUAUAUAAUUAUGUUACUAUUUAAAUUCUU